GGCGGCACCAUGGGCCGGGCCCGGCGCUUCCAGUGGCCGCUGCUGCUGCUGUGGGCGGCCGCGGCGGGGCCAGGGACAGGACAGGAGGUACAGACGGAGAAUGUGACUGUGGCCGAGGGCGGGGUGGCUGAGAUCACUUGCCGCCUGCACCAGUAUGAUGGGUCCAUUGUUGUAAUCCAGAACCCUGCCCGGCAGACGCUCUUCUUCAAUGGCACCCGAGCGCUUAAGGAUGAGCGCUUCCAGCUCGAGGAGUUCUCUCCGCGCAGGGUGCGCAUCCGGCUCUCGGAUGCCCGCCUGGAGGAUGAAGGCGGCUACUUUUGCCAGCUCUACACAGAGGACACCCACCACCAGAUUGCCACGCUCACUGUCUUAGUGGCCCCAGAGAAUCCUGUGGUGGAGGUCCGAGAGCAAGCGGUGGAGGGCGGUGAGGUGGAGCUCAGCUGCCUGGUUCCAAGGUCGCGCCCUGCUGCCGUCUUGCGCUGGUACAGGGAUCGCAAGGAACUUAAAGGAGUGAGCAGCGGCCAGGAGAACGGCAAGGUGUGGAGCGUGGCCAGCACCGUGCGCUUCCACGUGGACCGCAAGGACGACGGCGGCAUCGUUACCUGCGAGGCGCAGAACCAGGCGCUGCCCUCGGGACACAGCAAGCAGACGCAGUACGUGCUGGACGUGCAGUACUCCCCCACGGCCCGGAUCCAUGCCUCCCAGGCUGUGGUGAGGGAGGGGGACACGCUGGUGCUCACGUGCGCUGUCUCGGGGAACCCCAGGCCAAACCAGAUCCGGUGGAACCGCGGGAAUGAAUCUCUGCCAGAGAGGGCCGAGGCGGUAGGGGAGACCCUCACGCUGCCCGGCCUGGUGUCGGCGGAUAACGGCACCUACACCUGCGAGGCGUCCAACAAGCACGGCCACGCGAGGGCGCUCUACGUGCUUGUGGUCUAUGACCCUGGCGCGGUGGUGGAGGCCCAGACAUCAGUCCCCUACGCCAUUGUGGGUGGCAUUCUGGCACUCCUCGUGUUCCUCAUCAUAUGUGUGCUAGUUGGCAUGGUCUGGUGCUCAGUCCGGCAGAAAGGCUCCUAUCUGACCCAUGAGGCCAGCGGCUUGGAUGAGCAGGGGGAAGCAAGAGAAGCCUUCCUCAAUGGCAGCGAUGGACACAAGAGGAAAGAGGAAUUCUUCAUCUGACCCUGCCCCUACCCCAGGCCUGGGCCUGGGCUGGUGUCCCCCCACCCCCACCGCCAACCACAAGGAACCAGCAGAGACAUUGACCGGAGCCUGGGAUGGUGGUCUGCUCCCCCCCACCACUAACACCCCAGGCGCUUGGGCAGAGACUGGGGGUGUUUCAUGUCUGCCUCUUUCUCGGGGGCCACAAGUGAGGAUCUAGAGGUUUGGGUCCCCCAGGGGGACAGGGGCCAAAGGUCCCUCCAAGACCCCCAAGUCCAGGGAGGCAGUAGGGACCGGUGGUUUGGGGAGAGUUGGCCCGGGGGGAGGGGAAAACCAGAACCCAGAACCCCCUGGGCUAUAGAAACCAGGUCUUGUGGGGAGGGAGUCAGAUUUUGG